GUGGCUGCCCCCUGCAUUCCUCCAUCCAGCCAUGAAUUGGUGCCUAUCAACAUUGAGAGUGCACCAAAGAAUGUAGCAGACACGGGAGAAGGAGCCUUCCGGGGUGGAAACACUCGGAAAAGUCUUGAGGAAGACGGCUCCACCAGAGUCAGCCCGAGUGUCCAGCCCCAUCCGCAGCCUGUCAGCAGCUCCCCAGUGGGCCCGUGGACUCCCCCUGGAACAGAAGCUGGGUGCGGUGUCAAGAUUCUUCCCAGAAACAUGAGUGUGAGCCGGACCAUGGAGGACAGUUGUGAGCUGGACCUGGUAUAUGUCACAGAGAGGAUCAUCGCCGUCUCCUUCCCCAGCACAGCCAAUGAGGAGAACUUCCGGAGCAACCUCCGGGAGGUGGCCCAAAUGCUCAAGUCCAAACAUGGAGGCAACUACCUGCUUUUCAACCUCUCUGAGCGGAGACCGGACAUCACGAAGCUCCACGCCAAGGUACUGGAAUUUGGCUGGCCUGACCUCCACACCCCAGCCCUGGAGAAGAUCUGCAGCGUCUGCAAGGCUAUGGACACUUGGCUCAACGCAGACCCUCACAAUGUCGUCGUUCUGCACAACAAGGGAAACCGAGGCAGGAUAGGAGUUGUCAUCGCCGCUUACAUGCACUACAGCAACAUUUCGGCCAGCGCUGAUCAGGCACUGGACCGGUUUGCAAUGAAGCGGUUCUAUGAGGAUAAGAUUGUACCCAUUGGCCAGCCAUCCCAGAGAAGGUACGUGCAUUACUUCAGCGGCCUGCUCUCUGGCACCAUCAAAAUGAACAACAAGCCCUUGUUUCUGCACCACGUGAUCAUGCAUGGCAUCCCCAACUUCGAGUCUAAAGGAGGGUGUCGGCCAUUUCUCCGGAUCUACCAAGCCAUGCAACCUGUUUACACAUCGGGCAUCUACAAUGUCCAAGGAGACAGCCAGACCAGCAUCUGCAUCACCAUCGAGCCUGGGCUGCUCUUGAAGGGAGACAUCUUGCUGAAGUGCUAUCACAAGAAGUUCCGGAGCCCAGCCCGAGACGUCAUCUUCCGUGUGCAGUUCCACACCUGCGCCAUCCACGAUCUGGGGGUUGUCUUUGGGAAGGAGGACCUAGAUGAUGCCUUCAAAGAUGAUCGAUUUCCAGAAUAUGGCAAAGUGGAGUUUGUAUUUUCUUAUGGACCAGAGAAAAUUCAAGGCAUGGAGCACCUGGAGAACGGGCCCAGCGUGUCCGUGGACUACAACACCUCCGACCCCCUCAUCCGCUGGGACUCCUAUGACAAUUUCAGCGGGCAGCGCGAAGACGGCAUGGAGGAUGGGCGCAAACUGAAUACCAAUAGCCAGUCAAUUGGAGGCAUCUCAGGUGGCCUGGUGGAUCAAUAUCCCGGGCCAGGAGCCCACUGGCCUGCCCAGAGUCCAGCCUCAAACGCUGUCUGGUUGCAGAACCAGAAUCCGAAGCUUUGCACUGAGAAUCUCACUUUGUGCUCCUGUCCCCUCCCCGAGGCCUGCCCAGAGGUUGUGGGACACACUCAGGGGCCACUGGAUGGGAGCCUGUAUGCCAAGGUGAAGAAGAAGGACUCCCUGAAUGGCAGCACUGGGGCCGUCAUUGCCACGCGUCCUGCCCUGUCGGCCACUCCCAACCACGUGGAACACACCCUGUCCGUGAGCAGUGACUCGGGCAACUCCACAGCCUCCACCAAGACAGACAAGACCGAUGAGCCUGCCCCUGGCCCCUCUAGCGCCCCUGUUGCCCUGAGUCCCGAGGAGAAGCGCGAGCUGGAGCGCCUGCUCAGUGGCUUUGGCUUAGAGCGCGAGAAGCCAGGCACCAUGUACCACACCCAGCAUCUCCGGUCCCGCCCCGUGGGGGGCCCUGCUGCGCCCGCCUCCAGCCGCCACAUUGUUCCAGCCCAGGUUCACGUCAAUGGCGGGGCCUUGGCAUCUGAGCGGGAGACGGACAUUCUGGAUGAUGAGCUGCCCAACCAGGACGGGCACAGCGUGGGCAGCAUGGGCACACUGUCCUCCCUGGAUGGCAUCACCAACACCAGUGAGGGGGGCUACCCAGAGGCCCUGUCCCCAUUGACCAAUGGCUUGGACAAGCCCUACCCCAUAGAACCUAUGGUCAAUGGCGGGGGCUACCCCUAUGAGUCUGCCAGCCGGGCAGUGCCUGCCCACGCUGGCCACUCCGCUCCCAUGCGGCCCUCCUACUCCGCACAGGAGAGUUUAGCUGGCUACCAGCGCGAGGGUCCCCACCCAGCCUGGCCACAGCAAGUGACCACCUCCCACUAUGGCCAUGACCCCAGCAGUAUGUUCCGCUCUCAGUCCUUCCCGGAAACUGAGCCCCAGCUGCCCCCAGCUCCAGCCCGAGGGGGAAGCAGUCGAGAGGCUGUGCAGAGGGGCCUCAAUUCCUGGCAGCAGCAGCAGCAGCAACAACAGCAGCCUCGCCCGCCUCCUCGCCAACAGGAAAGAGCCCACUUGGAGAGUGUUGGGCCCAGCAGGCCUGGCCCCCAGCCACUGUCAGAGACCCCCAUGCCUUCCCUCCCUGAGUUCCCCAGGGCAGCCUCCCAGCAGGAGAUCGAGCAGUCCAUUGAAGCCCUCAACAUGCUGAUGCUAGAUCUGGAGCCAGCUGCGGCCGCUGCCCCCCUGCACAAGUCCCAGAGUGUCCCUGGGGCCUGGCCAGGGGCCUCCCCGCUCUCCUCCCAGCCUCCUCCUGGCUCCUUCUACCAGUCCCAUCCACUGACCCAGUCCAGAUCUGGCUACAUCCCCAGUGGGCAUUCCUUGGGAACCCCUGAGCUGGCCCCACGGGCCUCCCUGGAGUCCGUCCCUCCUGGCAGGUCUUACUCACCUUAUGAUUAUCAGCCAUGUCCGGCUGGACCCAGCCAGAGUUACCGUCCAAAGAGCCCAGCUUCCUCCUCUUCCUUGCCCACCUUCCUUCCAACCACCCACAGCCCUCCAGGGCCUCAGCAGCCCCCUGCCUCUCUCCCUGGCCUCACCACUCAGCCUCAGCUCCCACCAAAAGAGGCGACUUCAGAUACAUCCCGAACUCCAGAGGAGGAGCCCUUGAACCUGGAGGGACUGGUGGCCCACCGGGUAGCAGCGUACAACGCCAGACUGCAGGAUAUGGGGCAGCGUGUCAGCUCCCAGCACCCCCCUCUCCACCGGCUCCGAUCUUCCUCCCUCUCUGGGGUGCAGGCUCGGGAGAAGCCGCCUGCAGAGCCCCCAGCCCCACUCCGGAGGCGGGCGGCCAGCGAUGGACAGUACGAGAACCAGUCUCCAGAACCCUCAUCCCCCCGGAGCCCCGGGGUUCGCUCCCCCGUUCAGUGCGUGCCCCCGGAGCUGGCGCUCACCAUCGCUCUCAAUCCUGGAGGGCGGCCCAAAGAGCCCCAUCUGCACAGCUACAAGGAGGCCUUCGAGGAGAUGGAGGGAACCUCUCCGACCAGUCCACCACCCAGUGGGGUGCGCUCCCCUCCAGGUCUGGCCAAGACACCCCUAUCGGCUCUGGGCCUGAAACCCCACAACCCGGCAGAUAUCCUGUUGCACCCCACGGGCGAGGAGGAUGGGGGGAAGGAGGUGCCGCAGCCCCCCGGAGAGCCCCGGAGCUAUGUGGAGUCAGUGGUUCGGACGGCGGUGGCUGGGCCCCGAGCUCAGGACCCUGAGCCGAAGAGCUUUAGCGCCCCGGCUGCCCAGGCCUAUGGCCACGACACGCCCCUGAGGAACGGGACCCUGGGUGGCUCCUUUGUCUCCCCCAGCCCCCUCUCCACCAGCAGCCCCAUCCUCAGUGCUGACAGCACUUCAGUGGGGAGUUUCCCAUCCGGGGAGAGCAGUGACCAGGGCCCCCGGACACCCACCCAGCCUUUGUUGGAUUCUGGCUUCCGCUCCGGCAGCCUGGGCCAGCCCAGCCCUUCGGCUCAGAGAAGCUACCAGAGUUCUUCUCCUCUUCCCACUGUGGGCAGCAGCUACAGCAGCCCCGACUACUCGCUUCCGCAGUUCAGCUCCCCAGAAAGCCAGGCCCGGGCUCAGAUCAGCCACACGAUACCUGGCAGCCCUCAAGCUCGCCACAGGACAGUGGGCACCAACACUCCUCCUAGUCCUGGCUUCGGCCGCCGAGCUGUCAACCCCGGCAUGGCUGCCCCCAGCAGCCCCAGUUUGAGCCACCGCCAGGUGAUGGGCCCUCCAGGAACUGGCUUCCAUGCCAACGCAGGCUCCAGUCCCCAGAGCAGUGCAGCCACCACUCCAGGGAGCCCCAGCCUGGGCCGGCACCCUGGGGCUCACCAGGCCUCAGGCCUCCAUGGCAGUGUGGUCACCACUCCAGGGAGCCCCAGCCGGGGCCAGCACCCUGGGGCCCACCAGGCCUCAGGCCUCCAUGGCAAUGUGGCCACCACUCCAGGGAGCCCCAGUCUGGGCCGGCAUCCUGGAGCCCACCAGGGCAGUUUGGCCCCCAAUCUCCACGGCAACACAAUAGGCAGCCCCGGAAGCCCUAGCCUGGGCCGUCACCUCGGAGGGUCUGGAUCCGCGGUUCCUGGCAGUCCCAGCUUGGACCGGCACGUGGCCUAUGGCGGCUACUCCACCCCCGAGGACCGGAGACCCACGCUGUCCCGGCAGAGCAGUGCCUCUGGCUACCAGGCCCCUUCCACGCCCUCCUUCCCCGUGUCCCCUGCCUACUACCCUGGCCUGAGCAGCCCCACCACCUCCCCCUCGCCGGAUUCGGCAGCCUUCCGGCAAGGGAGCCCGACACCGGCCUUGCCAGAGAAGUGGAGGAUGUCCAUGGGAGACCGAGCGGGCAGCCUCCCCAACUAUGCCACCAUCAACGGGAAGGUGUCUUCCUCGCCCGUCGCCAGCGGCAUGUCCAGUCCCAGCGGGGGCAGCACCGUCUCCUUCUCGCACACUCUCCCCGACUUCUCCAAGUACUCCAUGCCAGACAACAGCCCGGAGACCCGGGCUAAAGUGAAAUUUGUCCAGGAUACUUCCAAGUAUUGGUACAAGCCGGAGAUCUCCAGAGAGCAGGCUAUCGCACUCCUGAAGGACCAGGAGCCGGGGGCCUUCAUCAUCCGCGACAGUCACUCCUUCCGAGGAGCCUACGGGCUGGCCAUGAAGGUGUCUUCGCCCCCUCCGACCAUCAUGCAGCAGAACAAGAAAGGGGACAUGACCCAUGAACUGGUGAGACAUUUCCUGAUAGAGACUGGCCCCAGAGGAGUCAAGCUCAAGGGGUGCCCCAACGAGCCAAACUUCGGAUCGCUCUCAGCCCUGGUCUACCAGCACUCCAUCACCCCGCUGGCUCUGCCCUGUAAGCUGGUCAUUCCAAACCGAGACCCCACAGAUGACUCGAAAGAGAGCUCGGGCCCUGCCAACUCAGCCGCCGACCUGCUGAAGCAAGGGGCAGCCUGCAACGUGCUCUUUGUCAACUCGGUGGACAUGGAGUCACUCACUGGGCCACAGGCCAUCUCCAAAGCCACCUCUGAGACACUGGCUGCUGAUCCCACGCCAGCUGCCACCAUCGUUCACUUCAAAGUUUCUGCCCAGGGAAUUACACUGACGGACAACCAGAGAAAGCUCUUCUUCAGACGACACUACCCUCUCAAUACCGUCACCUUCUGUGACCUGGAUCCACAGGAGAGAAAGUGGACAAAGACGGAGGGCGGUGUCCCUGCUAAGCUCUUCGGCUUUGUGGCCCGGAAACAGGGCAGCACCACGGACAACGCCUGCCACCUCUUUGCUGAGCUCGAUCCCAAGCAGCCUGCCUCCGCCAUCGUCAACUUCGUCUCCAAGGUCAUGCUGAGUGCCGGCCAGAAGAGAUGAACUCUCCCCAGGCCCCGGGCCAGGGCAGUGGGGGUGGGGCCUGUGGGGGGGGGGACCGUGAAUCCUGACCACCUUUGAAUCCAGAAGGAGGACUUUGGGCCAAUUUGGAGAAGGAGAGAAGAAAGUGCGACAUGAGGAGAGCAAAGUGAAUUGCAGAGGGGAGGGGGGAAGAGGGAGAGAAGGAAAGAAAAGGAUGGAGAGGAGAACUUGGAUUCCCUUGGGUAGAUGGAUACUGCGCAACCCCCAAAGCCUCCCAACUAACCAGGUCCACCUGACUCCCUCCCACACUCCCAGAGGAUGGAGCUCCUCCAAGGAGGCAGAACUGACCUCCUUGGGGAUCCAUAUUUUGGGGGGAAAUGGAAAAGUAUCUCCUUAGCCCAACUGCUUUGCAAGGAGAAAUCAAGUUGAGAGAAUAAUUUUCUGGCCACUUCUAAGGUACAUUGUCAAACCGAAAAGCGCCAGCAUCGGCCAUCAAGGGGCAGAACGUUUGCUGUAGAAAGUAUCUCAGACCGAGGCACCCAAGGUCUCUGCUCUGCCUUUGAUGUGUGGUUUGCGUGGGCGUGUGUGUGGGUUGUGUAUCUGUCUGCACCCACAUCCUCACUCUCUGGUUUCUGUUGCCUCCCAGCUAGAUUAUAAACAGGUGUACUUGUCCAUGCUCCAGGUGUUUGCACAUGUGUGCAUACUAUCCAAAGAAGGUUAGAGUUGGGGUGAUGCCGCACUGGGGAGGGGACGUCAGGCUUCUUCCCCAGGAGCACCGGGAAUAUGGCUCACAGACUCUGUCUUGGCCCUGCGUCUGCACUCUGGCGGCCCCGAGUGCCACCAGCCCCUUCUGCUUGACAGAGCCCAGCAGGAGUAGGGCCGCCAGCUCCCAGCAUUGCCCUCGUUUUGCCUUGACCAGGAGGUGGGACCAUUGGUUUGAGUAUCGGAGACAAGUAUUCCCAUAGCCUCGGGGAUGAGAUCCAUCAGCGCACCGGCGUUGCCCUCCGGGCAUCUUCCCUGAGCUGUCUGGUCGAGGUGGGCAGGUGGCUCCCAGUUGCUCCCGCCAGCUCCCAGCCCGCAGCCCAUUCUUGGGUUCACACCCACAACAGCCUUAUCUCAGACUUAUCUGCAUGAUGUCCUUGUGGGUGCUUGGGUUUGCGCCUUCCCGAUCUGCCCCUCCCCGCGGGGUCCUGCGGGGUCCUGCAGGGUCCCGUGUUGGGCUCAUCCUGGGGAACCUGCUUCCAAGAGCUCAGCAAGGCCCAGGAGAGACACCUGCUGUCCUUGUCCUCCCCUCUGCCAGUGUUUGGGUCCGUUUGCUGGGCUGUCCAGGGAGACUUGGCAGAGGCCUGGGGCCGCCACCUGUGUACCAGUGGCCUCCAAACAACACCAAAGCCUUGCUGUCCCCGCUGCCUUGGUCUCCCCAGCAGAGACAGUGCCUGUGAGCAGAGACAGAAGGGGUCAUUGGGGCCAAGCCUGCAGUCCCUCCGGGCAGCUGGGAGCCCCCACCUCCACCCGAGGACUCGGAGCUGGAAUGGAAAACUCACCAGGACUCCAUUCUUGAGGGGCUUCUUAAGCCUCCGGGGGUCCCUUAGAGAGGCAUUGUACUGAUAUAUAAAUAUAUAUAAUAUAUAUGUGAGACAUACUGACAGAAUCUGUAAGCUAAUAAAAUAUAAGAAAAGGUUAAAAAAAAGAAUAGGUAAAUUGACAAGAAGUAUUUAUUGUUUCCCCAUAUUGCUUUAUUGCCUCCCUGGGCAUAAACCAGUUCCCAUCCCUCUUCCUAGUAUAAGGGAAGCCUGAAAUGUAGGGGCCUUUAUCCUUGGAGCAAUCAGGGUUCUCCUUGCCCUGGCCUUGGCCUUCCCUAGACUUUGUCUGGGGCUCAGCAGGGAGGGGUGCAUGUGUUCCAUCUCCUUUGGCCCCCUACUUUCUGGCAGCCCAGGCCUCGGCCGUCAGGGCCCGAGAUGAGCCCACUCACCACGAGCGAGCGUGUGCGCCAGGGGACAGGGUGAGUGUGGCGGGCGUGGUCGUGUGUGCGUCCUUUGUACGUUUUCUCCUCCAAGAGGCUGUGUCUGUGUGGACAUGCCGUUUCAGGGAGCUGGAAAGGAGGGUGUCUGAAGCAGGCGGGGAGCAGGGCUCGCUUCCCCGACUGAGACCGUGUGUGGUGACGAAGGUUCUUCCAAAGUGCUCUUCCUUCUGAGGCUUUCGAGCCAGAUACUGGGGUUUCCCUCUCCUGUUCCCUACGUACCCCAACUCUCUUCCCGGAUAGGAGAUAUUUCACCCCCGUCCUUUGUAAAUAUCUUAACCUCCCACUGGACAGCCGGGGACCCU